UCAUUGUGCAGUGGUGUUUCAUAAGGUCGCGUCCUUUUUUUGGUUUUCGAAAGAUUUAUUUUGUUUUCUUCUUCCCACACCGCGGCGAAAUCAUGUUGUUCGCGACAUGGUGGUCACUGGUUUGUCCACUUGUCGUUCUGUGCAUGUUCCAAGCCAGGGUGUUUGCUUACUUUGGUGAACCCAUACUGCACGGAUUCGACAACAGAUUUGACGAUAUGGGCGAGGUCCGGGUAGAGCAAUUUACAAUUGACAACGGUUCAGUUAUACUCGACAUUGCAGUUGAAAACACUCAAAACCAAGGCGAGCUGUGGAUUUUGGACUUCCAACCGUAUCUUUUCGAUAAUUCCAAACCGCCAGUAACGUCGACAAAUGGUGGACAGCUAAUCGCUUCUCAUACUGGCAACUGUUCUAAUGUGUUCCAAGACCAACCAUUUGAUGCGACUAAUGGUUUCUAUCAAGACGAAUACCUGCCAGCAGCACCAGGUGGAAAAGACUUGUUUAAUCAAUUCGCCGCAGGAGCAGAUGGGUUUGUUCCUAAAUCUAAUGGCUUAGUUGUAAGAACCGAAACUCUAUCCUACAGAGGCAAUAAGGAUAAAUUCUUUGACUGUGUCAACACUGAUGGCCUUUCGAUAUGGGAACGUCACGUGUACGAAGAGUCUAUCGAAUUCAACACCACUCUAUACAUAACCAACGUCAGACCCAAGAAAUCUAAUGACGGAGAGAGCGGUAUCUCAUUUAUACAAAGUCACGUUAUUCUCUACUGGAGAUUGCUAAGAACUGCCAUUGCAAGAUUCAUCAUUAGUUCAACUGAGCGAAUAAGGCCAAUCUUCGAGUACGCCGUUGUCCGUCCAGUUUACAUCGAUGACGAUGAAACCAAAGGACCAGACAGAAACAAGGCAGAAGUGGAGCUAGCUUUCAAGACUGUUACCUGGUCCGACACUAUGAUGGCGGUAUACGAGGACGCUUCGUUGACGUAUAAUCCUAUUAACGCGGAUAAUGCACUUGCUUUUGUUAAGGAUGACCCACAAGAAGUGACCGUAUACUACAAUCCAACUGACAGCACUGCCAAGGUAAUCGUCGAUGGGGUCAGUGUGCCUAUAUGUCCAGCAGACGUAAAUGACGUUACCAUUCUCGCCACUACAAUUUGCAAUGAAUUUGGUUUGGCACUCUACUCGUCAGCAAGUAUUUCUACUACCGCAUCCACGUCUGCUAUUGUAGGCCUUUCCUGCACAGGAUCCGAAACUAACUUCGGGGAAUGCUCGUACACAAUCGGAACAGAUGCAGACUGUAAUGCAGGUGCCUUGGAAGUGGUAUGUUCUCCUAUAGACACUGCUGAAUUACCAAAGUCUUGUCACGACUUCCUGCAAACAGCUAAAAGAGAGGGCGUGAUACUAGAGGACGGCAUAUAUGACAUAGAUGUUGGCAAUACCAGGACAAGCGUAUAUUGCGACAUGACCAGAGAUGGUGGCGGGUGGACCCUUAUAUUGACUACCGCUGGCCAAGAUGGAUUCACGAUGGCCAAUCUGCUGAGUAAUAACCCUACUGUACCCUCUAUCUCUAGCGAUUAUUCCAUCUUGGGAGUUGCCGAUUCUAUUGUUAGCACCAGUGACGGAAACAAUUUCCGGUACCGUAUUGAAGCAGGAGCCCCGGGCCAAGAUGGCGGAAUAUGGGAAGCGCCACUCACGACCUCUUUAGUUGGCGAUACCGACACGAAGGCGACAACCCUAAUUGAAAAAUUUGGCGUAUGGGAAGAGAACCUACCAGACGGCGGCGGUCCACAGAACAUCAUGCCUUUCAUAGUACCAACUGAUAACAAUCUUUUGACUACUGGAACUCCAGGAAAUUUCGGAGCCAUAGUCUGUUCUUGCACAGGGUCGUCGUACAACCCAGCGCCUUGGAUUGACGGCGUAGUUGACCAACCGGAAACAAUCUGGUAUUGGGUUAAGGAAGAUAAAACUGAUCCUACCGCAAAUACUGUUCACGCCUCCACAUACGAGGAAGCAAUGUUGGCACCAGAAUGCGAUUUCACAGAAUAUCCCGGUGAAUGUACCCAGCACUGGAGAUACACUGUUAUAUUAGACGUAGAUGAUACGGGUUUGGAUGCAGAUAAACCAAUUGAUGCUACUGGUGAAUUUGUUGUAGGUUACUACAUGUACCAAUGUCCUAACUUGGUAUCCGGACAAAAAGACGACUGUUUGGAAUUGGAUGUUCCUAUCGCAUACAUUGGAACCGAAGUGACUUUGCAGACCACGGUUCAAAUUACAGAUGCUACAAAGGACAAACCUGUUGUGCUGCUCAAGAGACUAUAUGGAAGAGACCCGGCAAUUGACCUGCGUGAUGGUGCAAGAGGAAUUCAACAUCUGGAACAAAUUACUAUUCAAACUCAUUUCUUCCCUGAAUUCGUCCGUGAGCACUUGGAAAUGACACUGACUCUCUUUAUGGUGUGUUUGGGAAAUUACAAAGACGACCCGGAUGGCUGUUUAGUGGCACCAGAUGCAGAUGCAUACAUCGCCCACGUCUCUCCUGACUUUUAUUACCAAACGCUGGUUGAUCAUAGUGAUGAAUCUCUUGGUUACAAAGAAUAUUUCGCAGAUGAUGUAUCUCACCUCGUAACUCGGACUCUGGACGAGAACAUUUACAUUCACAAUAAGGAUAUCCAUCAAAGUAAAUUCACAAACAGGGCCUUGUCUGAUGUAGCCAGACUUUGCACUAUUACCAACGUGUUCGUAUUAAUCGAUCGAAACGAGCCCGCCGACAGAAAAAAACGAGAUUUUGUCCUAGUUUCCCACGACAUGGUCCGACGUGAUAUCGAAGACGCAGUUGCUCUUCCCCAAACAAAUAGCAUGCUACUAGAAUCUACUGGAUGUCCCGAAAACUCGAUCCACGACCGUGAAAACCUUCAUUGUAUUUGUAUAAAAGAGGACGAAGAGUACUCUCCAGAAACCUUCAAGUGUGAACCAGUUUCUGUGCUCUCGGAAAAGGAACGCGAAGACGACAGUUCGGCAAUCUUGAUAUCCACUAGUUAUUACGUCAUACUUGCAUGUUUAUUGAUUUUGUUUGUCUAGUCGUAUGUAUAAAUAUUUAUCUAUAAAUUAUAUAAAAUGUAGAUUAUUUAUUUAUACAAGUUGUACAUAAUAAAAAUUAAAGCUACUGCCACCAAAAUA